AUGGCUGCACUGGUCCAGACUUUUCCGCAAGAGACGGCCACCAUCACAAUGCUCCAGACCCGGCCAAACUCUGCCACGGGCAGGAUGCCCAAUGGCCAGCAGACGAUCCCCCAGUACGGCUCUGCCUCUCAGGCUCCCCGGACCUUCAACAGCGCCGCCAUUUCCGGCUACCGCGGGACUCCCGUUCACCAGUACGCCUUCCAGUCCACGCCCAGCCUCAAACAGUGGGAGCCGCAAACCUCGCAUCGCGUCUCGGAUCGCGACUCGACCUCUCAGCGCCACCGAUUCCCUACCCAAUCCCAGAUGGCCACCGGCUCUCGUGAUGACUCGGCCCUCCAGCAGGGUCGUCCCUCGACUCGCCCUCAGGCUCAGGCUCAGGCUCAGGCUCCCGUAUCCCCCAAAGCGACUCCCGAUCGCUACAGACGCGGCAGUGGUGGUCAACACGCACGCUCUCAGAGCGCUUCCAUCCCAAUGACCAACAGUCUCCCCGCCACCACCCAGUUCUACAAUGUCGGGAACGCACCCCGGACGACGGUGCUCAACCGGCCCACCAGCUUCUACGCCACGGUCCCCGCCUCCAUGGAUGACCUGCACCUCCAGUCGAAGCCCGAGCAGGUCAACCUCAACAACAUGAGGCGACGAAGCGUCCAGGGUAUCGAUUCUGCCGCUCCUCUGCCCACUCAGGGCGAGCCGGCUUCCAUUCCUGCGGCCGCCGACAAACAACUCAAGGCAGUACGGACUGGCUCGUACAACUCCGGCCACUCGCGUAGCGGCAGUUCCGAGAGCGGCCACUCGCGGACAUCGUCUGGCACGCGAGGCGCAGCUGUUGAGGAGACCCCCAGCGCUACCAAGAGUGACCAGACAAAACCCUCGCCAGUUCCAGCUCGUGCGUCGUACGCUGAUGCCAUCAAGCGCACGUUGAGCCCAUCGCCUCUGUCGAGGUCGGGCACGGUGGCAGAUGAUGCCGAGGAUACCACCGCGCCAGCUUCCGGACCUAAGCCUGAGUCUCUGGCUGUCCAGCAACUUGCCGCCAUCCAGAAGGGAGGUAGGGCCAAGAGCAAGACGUCAAGGCUUCGCCGCGCCUUCUCGUUCGGCAGUGCAGCCGAGCUGCGCAAGGCGGCCGGCGGUCCUGUAGAUCCCAUCAUUCCUCCUGAGACUGCUGCCCCCAAGGCUGGGAAGGAACUGGGUGUCGACGGGGAGUACGAUGCCGAGCAGGCGCGCAUCGCCGCCGCCCAGGAGGCUGGUGGCAUUGGCAGCAGCAUCUACGGCGGACGCUUCUUCGGAGGAUCCACCGAUAACCUGUCCAUCUCGUCGACGGCUUCGUCAGCUUCGAUUAUGAUUCGAAAGAUGGGUCGUGGCAUGAAGAAGAGCUCCCGAUCUCUGGCUGGCCUCUUCCGACCAAAGUCUGUUGUCGGCGUCCCGCCUCCUGACAAUGUGGCGCCCGAGGGGAGCGUGUCGAUGGUGACGGCCGAGGCCGAGACGCAGAAGGUCAACGUGACUGCCAAGCCGCAGCCCACCGAUGCCUUCCCACAUCUCGAGAGGAUCUCGCUCGAUGCCAAUCGCGUACCCGAGAUGCACCACGAGCGCACAAACAGCUCCGAGACAGACAGCUCGCGUAGAAGCAUUGUCGGAGGUGACAGGGAACGGGCCGAGGUCCUGGCCGCCGUCCGCAAGGGCAUACUCAAGCGCACCGGUUCGUCGAGUCCAUCCAUACGCCCCGCUGACGGGGCCUCGAAUCUCCCCACGGUCCCCGCCAUCAGUGACUCGCCAAACUCGAGCGCGCCCAGCACGCCCAACGACGAGGUCCAGGGCCACCGCAGGACGGGCUCCGUGGCCAUUGGCAGCGAGGAUUACUUCAUGUCGGCCCUCCGUCUCCGCCAGGAUUCGAAGAGCAGCACUCCGGGAACACCCAAUGGUGUCAUUAAGCGCAAUGCCACCUUUUCUCCUCGCCUCGUGUUCCACGAAACCUGGCCCAGCCAAGAGUAUGAUAGGCGUGGAGAGAUUUCUACGUGCAACCGUCUCACGCCCAUGCUUGCUCAGCAGAUCAAGGAGGAGCUCAACACUCUGAAGAUGGAAAUGGAGGUCCAUGAGAACUCGAAGAUAUACACCCACUUCUUCUAG